AUUUGCAAGCCGGCGAUGGUUACGAUUGGCCAUCUCAACGUUCUCCUCUUCGUUGUCUUUGCUCUGUCAUUUCGAAUGUGCUCCACGGAAACGGAACCAUGUAGUGGGGUGAUCCAGAACAUCAAAAAUGGACAUUGCUACAGGCGCUUUUGUGAUCACAAAACCUUUGAAGAUGCUAACAAAACAUGCUUUAAUCUCGGAGGUUAUUUGCCUAUGGUUCGAAACAGUUAUGAAGACAAGUUCCUUGCAACAUUGGCGAGAGCAGAGCCACAAAGCGAUAAAUCAGCACACUACGCGCGAUGCCACUGGAUUGGACUGAAACUCGACCGCAAAUCUAAAACAUAUAAAUGGACGAAUGGCGAAGAGAGCAAGUAUUGGAAUUGGCAUCCAGGUCGUCCAGAUGACUUUAAAGGAAUAGAGGAAUGUGUCCAUUACUCGUUUGAGAGUGGGUUUUGGGAUCAGUGGAAUGACUUACACUGUGACGAAAAACUGCAGUACUUCUGCGAAUGGGAUUCUUGCAGGGUAGCACUCAGUAAAAUCUGAAAACGACGUUUUCUUCGUUUGAUUGAUUGAGUUUGAGAACAAAACUGUUAAUAGUUUGAUUGAUGAAGUCUGGCAAACUUGUUUUUUUUUUGUUCUCGUAUGUACAAUUUUGCAUUGAUUGUUUUUUUUUGUUGUCAAAAUCCUUUCUCAUCCCACAAUAAAAAACUUUUUU